GAUGCAAGGGUAACACACUCCGGGCCGAGGGGCAUCACUUCCGUGUUUUUGGCAAGUGCUUAGGGGAUUCACCAAACGGAUUGUGGAAUAUCAUCAAGAGUGGAGUACGGAUUUAAGAAAGGAAAAAAUUCCAGGAAAAAAGAAGGGCCUACUUUUUUUGAGCAUUUUUUUUCAGCUUGUGAUUCACUUUGUCCAAUUGGAAGAAUCAAAGCCAAUAAAUUAAGUUUAUUUUUUUUUUGUCAAGCUUUUGCCUUCACUACUGGACAGACGUGCGUCCACCCAGUCCUCCGGCUCCUGUCCUCCACUGAGUCGUCUGAUCGUCUCCCCUUUAAGUUCUCCUCUACGGGACAAUCUCUUACGAGGAGGCCUCCAAAAUGGUGUUGAUGCCGAUGAAGUUCACCUUCCAGAAGAGGGUGAAGCUAGCCCAGAGCCUAUGGCUGCUCUCCUGGGCAGCCACGAUGGCAGGAUCAAUCAUCUUCUUCCUGGGUUGUUUCCUCAAAAUUGAAUUACGCAAAAGGGCUGAGGUAAUGGAAACCACUACCAUUUACAUCGUACCUCACACCCUUAUGGUGGUGGGCCUUGGCGGUCUGGGAAUAAACUACUUUGCCGGACGAAUCUGUCAGGAUGCCCUGGACCCGACUCGUUUCCCGGCGUGGAAGACCUUCCUGAAGCCCUACUACGCUUUUUCCCUGUUCAUCUCCAUUCUCAUGUUUGUGGCGAUGCUCUUGAGUUUCAUCAUGAAGGGCUCGCUGGAGUCGUCCCUGAAGACCGGCCUUAGGAACGGCAUCCGCUACUACAAGGACACGGAUACACCUGGCCGCUGUUUCCAGAAGCAGACCAUCGACCACCUACAAAUGGAUUUCGAAUGCUGCGGCAACGACGACUACAGGGAUUGGUUCGAGGUGCAGUGGAUCAGCAAUCGUUACCUGGACUUCAGCUCCAAGGAAGUCAAAGACCGCAUCAAAAGCAACGUGGAUGGACGUUACCUGAUCGACGGUGUGCCCUUCAGCUGCUGCAACCCCAGCUCCCCUCGACCCUGCAUCCACGCCCAACUGACCAACAACACUGCUCACUACAACUAUGAGUACCAGACGGAGGAGCUCAACAUCUACCUCCGUGGGUGCAGGGAGGCCCUGGUUGGCUACUACGCGGGCCUGAUGAACACCAUCGGAGGAGUUGUGCUCUCUGUCCUCCUGCUUCAGAGCUCAGUCCUGGCCAGUCUGAGGUUCCUGCAGACAUCUUUGGAGGCCCUGGAGGGCCAGGAGAACGUAGAGGCCGAAUCAGAGGGGUACCUCCUGGAAAAGAGCGUGAAGGAGACAGUGAUGGAGUAUUUGGAGCCUGUGCUCAAACUCCUUCCGAUGAACCAGGUGUCCUCUGAGGAUGAAGAAGGGUCUGCACCUGCCUGAGACUCAAGAUGGCCAUCAUCUUUUAUGUUUCAAUAGUGGAAGUGAUGUUGUGAUACCCCAAUGAAUAUUUGAAUUGGUACUGGUAAAAAUUGAAAUGCAACAACCUCCUGAUAUCACUUAACUUAAGUGAGCAUUCCUGUCUGGAAAGAAGGUGCUGUACAGUAUGCCCAACAUAUACCGUCUUCAGUGGAGCCUGAGUAAAAUGUUGACUAUUUCCCCAUAAAGUAAUUUAAUGUCAAUGGUGAAAUAAAACAAAAAAUAAUGUUGAAACAUUUUAUACGCAGUUGAUGACCUACCUUUUUAUGCAGUUUAUUGACUUUAGCACCAAUCAAACUGGGAUCACAGUGAAGAGAAUUACUGAUCGGGCACAGAGUCUGCUCCAUUUUUAUACUUCAUUAGUGUGGUUAUUAUCAUCAUUUUUGGGGAAACUAAAUUGGCCAGUAUUUAUCUGGCUUUUAAUUAUGUUCAUUUUUCAACCUUAGCACUGACAACAACACCCAACAACAAAAAUCUAUUUGUGUGUUAAGCAACACAAGAAUCCUGUUAAAUUAUAAAACGCUGGCUGUAGUGACUCAUUGCUCUGCUAUGUAACUGAAGAAAAAAUACAGUACUGUAUUCUUGCAUAAUAAAUGUUGAGGUUUUUAAACUG